CUAUGAUUCGUUCCAGAAGGUGCACUAUGGAAUUACAUUUGUGAUUCGCUGAAGUUACAAAUGUGAAGCAAAGCCUAGUCAGAAAACAAACAAACAAAGGAGAUACUUUAAGGCGGCCACCGGGGAAAUCGAGACAAUCAUCAGGAAGAUGAAGUGUGUUGCUGUUGUUGUGCUGCUGAGUCUUUUCUCUGAGGGACUCUCUGCUCCACUGACCAGCUGUGAUGCUCUGCUCAAACCAAUAACUGUUAGCAAUGAAGACAUGUUGGGUCGGUGGUACUUCACUGGGGGCAGCUCUGACAUCCCAGGAAGUCGCUCCCUGACACACCUGAUGACCAAUGUCUGGUUGGACCUGAAUGUCACCUCAAGGAGCAACGUUCUGAAUAUCGUCCAGACUCAGAGGAUAUUUGGCGAAUGUUCCAGCUUAGCAUACGACGUGAUCUUUGAGAACAGCACAAUGUUGAUCGAGCAACCUUUCUACCUUAAAGAAGUCUACCUGUCAACAGAGUGUGGUGACUGUCUGGUUGCCAAAGAGGACAUCAUCUCUGGAACAGAUACAUUUACCAGUCUUCUUAUGUUUAGUAAAAGCAGGAGCAUCUCACCUGCUGCAGUGGAACUGCUGAAGAAACAAGCAGAAUGCCUACAGCUCCCAAUGCCUAUAAUGAUAAACUCAAACUACGAAAUCUGCCCUGACAACAUCACGCCCUCUGAGGGCCUCAGUGCCCUCAACUCAGUACUACAGGCCAAGAUGGGACAUCAGGUGGCAAGACUUCUGGAUAUUGUUUUUGACAUGUUUAUAAACUGAAGGAAUUGCUGCAAAAAGCUAUAAUAUCGGACAAUUGUGUGGAAAUAAGUUUUAGUCUCGUACAUACGUCAUUUCUUUUUUUUAUGAAAAAUCAUAAUUGAAAUAAAAUUGAAAUGGCAGAA